GAAACUUCGCCAAUCUCGAGGCGAGACCCGAUUUUGUUAUUAGAUAACUGGAGUACGCAAUCACAUGCCUUGACCUGACUCACAGCCGCAGUCCGGCUUCGCCAGAUUUUACCGCGAUUCUGCAACCCUUCUGGAUUACAAUUCUUUACACUGGAAGGCGGAACGUUCUUGCGAACGGAAAUCUCCUUAGUGGCUUCUUCUGAAGAUUCGUGAUAUCGAUCCUUCAUAGAGUCUCAAAAGCCUCGGCAUAGCAAUAAAUUAAUAGAUAUAAUUAUAAAAUACGUCAAAGAAUAAGAAUAGCAGUAAUAAUAAGAAUGAUUGAUUCUAUAUAAAUGUCUAUUUGUUCCACAGUACGUUUUCGAGAAUGAUAAAUUUUUAAUUUGUCGUGCAUUUGUAUUUCAUUAAUUGUUACGUAAUUUCAUUAUCGAUCGUCAACGUAAUUUGCGUACAAGUUUCGCUUUGAAACACAGCACGAGUUCGCGAGUGUCCUUUCGCAAAUGACAUUUCCCGCCCGUCUCGAUCGGCUCUUAUAGAUCGUAGUGCAGUCGAAAUUGUGUGUCGAGGGCGACGGCGUCGGACGACGCCCAAGGUCGGUCCCGGCGAAUAAACGCGCGUGACAGUUUAGAGCGAAGAGCAGGUGCGCCCCGACCGGAUACCUCGAGGUCCCCUUCUACCCCUCGGCAUUCGCGAAUGGGCACGUGAAGCGCUUCCGAAAGAAAGACAAAUUAGUGGCGGCGGCUCGCAACAUUGUUUGCCCGAAAAUAUUUGAACACGAAGUCAGUAAUUCAAGAUUCAAUAUAUGAGGUAAGGCAUAACAAUGUAUAACAGGGCUCCAGCCUCGGAAUGACGGGACAUCUGUGAAAUAUAAUCUUAUCAGGAGGAAUGCACAAAAUUCCGGAAAAACACGACGAACGAGAAAAACACUCUGAAAACUCUCGAGAACGUCCGUGAAUCGUUCCAGGAGCUUUUGUUCAACGUAUUAUAUAUCACAUACUUUUGAAACGAGGUCUUAAAAAUCAGUGAAUUACAUUGCAAAGGAAACCUUCCUCUAUUGCGAUCAUCCAUUUACAUUUUCGGCUUUCAUACGCGUCAUAUAUAUCUAUGUUAUUUUGCGUCAAUUUUGAAUAAAUUAUCAAAGUAUCGAUACUUCGAUUUAUCGCUAAAAUUGUUAUAGCGAUCAAUCGAAGUAUUGAUAGUUUUGCGGAUGAUGCCGAGUGCACUCGUGAUCGAUCGACUGACCGAAUAAGCAACGGCACCGACAGCCCAUUAAGUUUAAGCGGCCCGUCUGUUUCUGCGUUACAAGUAAGUCGAAGGUUGCCCGUUAAUUCUCUCCCACAAACAACGCGCAUAUAAUUUAGGCGAGCGCUACGUAUUUGAUGAAGAACAGUAACACGCGCGUGCACACACACACGGGGAAUUUAUCUUCAAAACGACGUAGGUCGCGUCGCAAACGUCAGCCUGAGGCCAAACAUGCAGAUCUUAAAUCUUGAUAACGAUAAUGCGCUGUUUUGCCAUCGUUCCGUAACAAAGGAGAACGACUAGCCGGUGAAGCAGGUGCAAGCUGUUAAAUGACGUCGCGAGAGUGCUUCAAUCGGUCGUAAAUAACGUCUGAGAAUACUUUUCAUAGAUAUCGCUAAAAAUGCGUAGCCUCGAGUUUCUAGAACAAGCGAGGGCGAGACGCGCACGUUCCUCGUACGAGACAAUCUAUCCAUCAAAAAGGAAGAAACAAAAGGAAUCAAUAGUCUAAAUCAGAACGACUGCACAGGUCUUAGGAAUGCGGGUGCGGGUGGCGAGGGGAGGUGAUGGUCCGCGCUUGAGGUGGUUGGUCUUUCUCGUCUUUCUGGUGACGAUAGUGCAGAUCGCGGGUGCACCUUCGGACACGCUGCCGUCGGUCGCAAACUUAGCGUCGUCGUCGUCGUCCACGUCGUCGCGAGUAGAAUGUCCCGAGGGAUGCGAGUGCGCGGACAUCAACAACGGUGGCAGUCUGAGGUGCGCGGGGCGCAACUUCUCCGGUCUCGCCUUGCCGCGAGACGUUACGAGCGUGUCGCUGAGAAGGGUCCGGAUCCAGAAGAAUGUGUUCCAGGCGACCGUUCUGGAGAACAACGUCGGGCUGCGACGGCUCGUCUGGUCGUCGAGCGGGAUCAAGAAAGUGGAGUCCGGCGCGUUUCGCGCCACUCCACACCUCGAGCAACUCGAUCUAGAUGAUAAUCGGCUGGCCGACCUGCCGUCGGACGUCUUCCAUCCAUUACAUCAACUCCAGUACCUGAACCUCACCGGGAAUCAGCUGACCGUGCUGCCGCAGCAGCUGUUCCGCCAUCUGAAUCGCCUCCAGGAAAUCCGCCUGGCGGCGAAUCAACUUUCUGUACUGCCCUAUCAGGCGUUCUCGUCCGCCAGGGAGCUCGUGCGGCUCGAUCUCAGCGGUAAUCGACUGGUCUCACUGCCGGAUCAUAGCUUUCAGCCGAAUCGACAGCUGCAGGAGCUACGACUGGUGGGCAAUCGGCUGACGAAGCUGCCGCCGCGGUUGUUCUCCGGUUUGGUGCAACUGAAAGUCCUCGAUCUCGCCGACAACGAGAUCGACGCAUUACCGCGUAGUCUCUUCAACGACCUCACGGCCUUGGAGCACCUCGAUCUCGGGGGCAAUCCGAUCGCGCAUCUCGCGGGUAAUGCGUUUCAAGGCCUCGCCAGUCUACGAUGGCUCGAUCUGAGUCGUUUGCUGAUCUCGUCGCUGCCCGGUGACAUCUGGCGACCUGUCAGCAGGCUUAGGACUCUCCUGCUAUCCGGGACCAAAUUGGAGAAUCUUCGAAACAAGAAUCUGGCCGGUCUGGCCGAGUUGGAGACACUGGAGAUUACAAACAGCCCGCUACGGGAGAUCGGCCAGUUGACUCUGAACGAGACACCGUCCCUGCGUAGAAUCGACUUGCGUAACAACGAGCUGGCCUUCCUGCCGGCGAACGUGGCGCAUCUACCGUUGCUGGAUGAGUUGCAGCUACAGGGCAAUUCAUGGGCCUGCGACUGCCGCAUGUUCUGGUUCGUCAAGUGGGCGGAGAGCAAGCCGCAUCUGCACGCGACUUUCCAGAACGGACUCAAGUGCGGCCACGAAGUGGACAUCUUGAAGACGUUACGCUACCUCGAGUGCAGUCCGCCGUACCUGGUGCGGACCACCAAAACCCAGCAGUAUCUCCUCUUAAGCUCGGUGCUGCUGGAAUGCGAGUUCAGCGGGAACCCCGCGCCCUCCUUGACUUGGGUGACCCCGAGCGGUUUGGUGCUCCACUGGGUGCCGGACCCGGGCUUCCCCGACGCGUUCGUCGAACAUCCGAAGGUGCACAGCUGGAUGUCGGAUCGGCCGGUCGUCGACGACAACCGCAUUCGCGUCCUGGAGAAUGGCUCCCUUUAUAUCGCGACGCUGCUGCGGCAGGACGUGGGCAAGUACAAAUGCACGGCGGUCAACCCGAUCGCCAACGAGACCGUCUACAUAACGCUGCACAUGGACCCGAUAACCUUGCACAAUAUCAAGAUCUUUAGCAUCCUCGUCGGCGCGAUUAGCACCGCGGCGUUUCUUCUGCUGACCUUGGCGGUGCAGCUGCUGCGGUAUCUGUUCUUCAAGUGCGGAUGCAUCAAGUGGUGCCUGUGCUGCAGACGCGUGGGCGUGACGCCGCGGGCCAAGCAGAUCUACCAGAUGCUCGACAACAUCGAGCAGUACAAGAGCCAGCAGCUCGAAAGGCUGAGGGAGAACUACACGCAGCAGGUACACAGAAUUAAGGACAACUGUGUUCAGCAAGUGGAAUGGAUCCGCGACAGCUACGAGGGUCAAAUGCAGCAUAUACGAGACAUACGGGACUACGGUACCAGCCACCUGACCGCGCUGAGAGAUCAGUACUACGAUCAGGUGAAACGGGUACGGGACUAUUCUACCGGUCAACUGAACUGGGUACGCGAGAAUUACGUCUUCCAACGGAACAAGAUCCGCAAGUUCAGCGCCCAUCAGGUGUUGCGGUUGCGCGAGAGUUACAAGUACCAGCAGCAGACGUUGGCCAAGGUGCUGGAGAAUCUGCCGAAUCUGUACUUCGACAACUGCCGGAGCGGCUCGUGCGGCAAGAGCGACUCCAUGGUGUUCGAUCCUACCAAGGACGAUCUCAAUGGCAUGGAUACGUAUUUCAAAGCGAAGAUCGACGAUUUGGUAGCGGGCGUGAGUCUGGAGGACGUCAACAGCGAGUAUUACACGCCGACCGAGCUGUCGUCGACCAGUCCGCACGGCCAGAGCAUGAUAGAAGGCAUUCACAUCAAUUAUAUCGAGGAAAGCAGCCCACCGCCGCCUCUGGGACCGCCCACGGUGUUACCCGCUUCGACGGUAUUGCAAUGCAUCAACGAAUACGGCAGCAUAUCGUCCAUGUACAACAAUCACGAGAACGAUAGGCCGAUCUUCAAAGGCACCAACGGUACGAUCUUGGCUAAGGAGCUUCGGAGGGAAACUCCGGAGGUCCUGGGGCUUCUAGCACCUAGCAACAGUCUACCUGAUCUUCCACGCGAGACUAAACUCUAGCCGGCAGAAAUUGAGGCGCCGUUAAAGUGGCCAAGAGAAUGGGUUCCUGCUAUUAUUUAAGUUGUCAGAAACACAAGGACAGAAAUUGUUCUCGGACAGUCAACAGGGAUGGAAGCGUGAACGAAAGGAUCGUCGUCACCCUGCGUCCGACAAGUGGGAAUCGUCUUCGCUGUCGAGGAGAUCGCCUUUGAAGCUUCUUCCGCUUUUGAUUGUACGACUGAUUCGAGGGAGAGUGAAGACAGUUCGAGAAGAACUCGUGUCAGUGCCAAGAAACGGGAGAUCCUUCCUCUGCCGAGAUCGAUGACUGUCGAUCGCAAGGGAGAAAGUGUGUGCGUGUACUAAUCUAAAAAGAACAAAAAAAAAUUACGGACAGCUUUCAAGGACUACUCUUGAUACGAACGACCUUGCAACCUGUCCGUCUUUCGUCAAGCAAACGUGUGCUUUUUUUUUUCAGUGUCAUCGUUUACUGGAUGACUGUCAUCAUCCGAGGGGAUAAAAAAGAAAGAGGCGCGAAUUGCACUUUGCGUCCUCAUCAACUCGGCUGUAAAUUAAUUUCCUCUUGCAAGCACGACGAGGAGGAAAAGUAACUUCGCCUAGUUGUCAAUUCUACAAGUCUCUUGAGAUUGCGAGUUCCGCAAGGGAUCGUUCUCAACCCUUUCUGUAAAUAGGCGUGCGUGAAAGUUUUAUGUAUCAGUGAUAUCGCGAGAAAAAGUCGAAUUAUAUCCUCUCAUUGCGAAAGACUGAGAUGGCGAGAUCUACACGCCCGUAAUCGUAUUCGUUUUUAACUUGCUUUCGUCUUCUUCUUCUCCCGCGAACAAAAAGCGGUGAAAAAAAAAUAAUCGUCAGCUCGUGUCCUUUCUUCUAUUGUUUUUAAUCGCUUGUGUUUAGCGUAGUAGGUUACAAAUUGUUCAAGAGACAUAUAUUCGAGUAUAUGCCCAUCUUCGGAGAAAGAAGGAAAUAUGCCAGAGAAAGUAAUCAACGUACGUACUUAAUUUUUUAAUCGUAGCAACACGUAUCUCCAACCGGUCGGGCUUACCAUUUGCGCGAAGAAAAAGCAAAAGAGAGAGAAAGACAGAAAGAGAGGAAAUUGUAAUUACGAAAAAUUAUAUUGGCUGUUAGAUCUUUCAAAUUGAAACUUCUUUCAGAAACAGAAAUUGUAUGUACGGAUUUUGGUUGCAACGAAAUUGCUCUUUAUAUAAAUUUUGCAAGAUGCGUCCCUUUGUUGAAUAAAUCCUGACGAAUCGUCGCCAA